AUGCACUACGAAGAGCUGGAAGCGUUGGAUCCACGUAACCCCACAUAUACUACACGAAUCGAAACACCACCACCACAUAAAGUUGCGGUUUUAAUACUUGUGCAGCAGUACUUAAAAGUUAAGAAUGCCGCCACCGACGCAGGUGUCGCUUAUCCUUUACAGGCACGAAGAAAUUUUUGCAUGCUACUAUUAAAAUUGAUACAAUAUCCCGAUAUGACAUACAACGAUUUGUAUCAAUUACUCACAUCUCCACGGUAUAAAAUUAAUGCACUCCACUUGGAAAGUUUUGAAAAAGCCAUGUCCAAUAUUUUUACGCUUGGUAUUGAAACACUUUGUGAUUUUGCUGAGCGUCAAAAUUGGGACAAUCUUUUAUCUGAGGAAUUAGGCGUCAGUCAGUUUAGUAUUGUUGGACUGUAUAUUCGACGUGUUUGUGUUAUACUGGAGCGUAUGUCAUUUCCAGAAAUUAUGGCUUUAUAUAAGAAUAUUUGUUUAUAUUAUGAAAAAGGAGUACGCACACUCGCAAUUGGUCCACGUAGAGUUGGUGGUGCUCUAACUAGCGCACAGGAUAAUUUGUUUCCGCGUGCUGCUGGACGUGGAUCUGAUGAUCCUGGUAACACAUUAGAAGAAUCGGCCUUAGAUACUGAAACGGUACACCAAGAUCGAAAUCCUCAUAGUAAAUGGUCACCGAAACAAGCCGAUCUCUUUGUUGCACAGCAAUGCAAAUUGUUAGAAAAUAACGAACUGCGCGCUUUGCCUCCAAUAGAACUACAAACGAAAAUAAAUGAAAUAAUUCAGGAUAAUCCGCUAAACUCGCAAGCCUACUUUCUGGGCUACAUGAAUCAAUUAAGACUGCGAGAUUUCUAUGGAGCAAUGGAUGCACUCCAUCGCGCAUUUGAUCGCAGUCCCAUGCAGACAGCCACACAAUAUGAACAAAAAGGUUUCCAGUAUUUCAGUGUGAACUUGGCUGUGCUGCAUGCGUGUUUUGACCAUCGUCGCGAAGCAUUGAACGCACUUAAGGAAUGCAUUAUGCUAGCACAAGAAUGUGGCGAUAAACGUUGCCUGGAUUUAGCAAAUUCUUGGUAUUGUCUACUGAACAGCAACAAAAUAGACCCCUUUGAAAAGAGCUUGCCGGAUAUUCAAGACCCUGGCCUGGUGCAAUCAUUGUCAUUGGCUAUUCAAUAUGUUGUAAAAUUUGGCGCACAGUGCGGUUAUUUACCACUCGACCUCUUUGAAUUGCUGUUGAAGAGCGAUGAACUCAAUAAUAAGAAUUCAAUACUAGAACACGCUUCCGACUCUUUAGCUUUAAGAUCUGCACUUUGGUGUCUUUAUGGGCGUCAUGAAAUCUCUUCGCUAUAUGCACAAUUACUGCUGCAACUGAAAAAAACCUGGGCGUUUGGUGAUAUUGGUAAUUCCGAGAGUGUUAGUAAAGUACUCGCUAGUCUCUCAUUGUGGUUGAAUGUGCAGGGGGAACAUCAAAUGAGCGCAGUCGUACAAAGUCAUGCACGCAGUCGUUUUCCACGUCAUCCAAACGCUAAAAAUUGGAUGAUCAGCGAAUAUCACAUCGUCAUUCAGCAAUGUAUUUAUCGCUGCCGUUGGCAGGAAGCGCUCAAAGCUUGUAGUCAAUUGUAUUUGCUGGAUAAGAAUGCGGGAAAUCUACAACGUGCCGCCGUGUAUAUUGCGAAGGGAUAUUUCAAUACGGCCCGCCGUAUUAUUUGCAAAUUGCUACAGAGUGCGAACUUGGAUGUUCUGACGCAGGUUCGUGUUUUGGUCCUACAAGCAUACACGACGAUUGGUGAAGACACCGUAUCAUCCGAAACGGCGGAAUUUCUCAUUCAAGCUUCUGUAUUGGCCACAUCUGCCUACAUGGAGUACGAACAAGCUGUUAUAGAUAUGGUUUUAGCGCAGGCGCUGCUUAAAAUGAAAAUGCCACAAAAGGCUUUUCAAGCGGCUAAAAAUUGUAUGGAGAAAAUUUAUGAGAAUGGUGGUAUUUACGAUCGAGCAAAAAUGGAUUUCAUAUUCGUGUGCUGUAUGGUGGCAGCCAGCGAAAGCGAGGCGCGGAAACGAGUUAAUUUACAAAAUGGAAUUUCCAUUUUGGAGAGAGCUAUUGAAUGUUUUAAAAAAUUAGAAGCGCAUGCUAAAGUUUUGGACAUUUUUGUUUACUUAGCAAAAACAUAUCACGAACUUAAUCAGCUGGAUGAGCGAAACAAAUAUGCUUGCAAAUUCAAACACUAUUAUUCAGAGUAUCCCAUUGCAAGGGAAUACCUUGGAAUGGCUUUCUAGUUAUCGAAAAUUAAUUUUAAUUAUAAUUAGAUUUAGUGCAUACAUUUUUGUUGAAGCAGAACUGAAAAUAAAUUUUUCGA